GAGACAGGGUGGAUGGGUUAAAAGCAGCAAGAAAGCAAACCCAGCCUGCUAGGGGAAGGUACGAAGCUCUGGGACAGCCGCCUGAGGACUUCCGCGAGCUGUCCGUGUUCCCUUCCGUAGACGACCUGACGAUGCGGGGCUUGCCUUACCUCCGUCGCAACGUGGUGGUCGGGCCCUACAAUGAUGUGGAGCACUACCUGGACGUGCAGUUCCGGCUGCUGCGUGAGGACUUCGUGCGGCCUCUGAGGGACGGCAUCAAGGAGUACGAGAAGAAACUGUUGGAAGCGGCGGCGGCGCCUAAAAAGGCCAAGGGCCACAUCCGGGUGAACAACGUCCGCAUUUAUGAGAAAGUGAAAGUUUUGGGGGUGAAGGCUGAGGACGAUUACUCAAUAAACCUCUAG